AGCUGAGGAGAGUGAGGAGGAGGAGCUUCAAUCGCUGCCUGAGGACUCUGAGGAGGAGGAAGAGUACGACUCGUCUGAGGCAGAGGGCGAUGCCGAAGAGGACGAUGACGACGACGAGGUUGCUGCUAAGCCUGCUGCCCCCUCAGCCUCGAAAAAGCGCAAGACAACCGCAACCACCUCCGCACCCGCCGACGAUGACGAAGAAAACGACGACGAGGAGGAAAUCGGCGAAGACGACGAAGAACUCGACCCCGCCGACCUCGACGAUGAAGAGGAAGCCGCCGACCCCGAAGACGAGGACGCAGGCGAAGAUGCCGACGACACUGCCGACAAGUCUGGUCCUGCCGCUGCUGCCAAGAAGGCCAAGGAAAGAACUAUUCCUGGCGGCAAGGACAAGGCCGAGGUGGGCGAUAUCGAGAAUGCCGAGGAGAAGGAUGGCGGUCUUU